AUGAUGAAGAAGAAAAAUAUUCAUCGAAAAUUAUUGACUUUAAUAAGUUGUUUUCAAUAUGAUGAGCGUCUAAUAACCGUUUUGUUUAUCUACCAAACAGCUUUAAAAGCCAACUCGAACACCGCUUCUCUUAAAAAGCAAUUGAUUUGUUGGCACAUAAAACAAAAUUUAUUGAGAUCGGGCAAACGAAACGGGAAGUUAACAGUGUUCGGGAUAGCACAUUUUUCCAAGACAAACAUAAUCACGAAAUACUUCAUGACAAAGCAACAAAAGCUAAAAAAGGAACGAAAUAGAAGCGAUAUCACGAAAGGUAUUAAGCAAAUCAUUAUUAAAACAAAAUCUCAUCAUUUCAACGAUGAAGUUGAAGAAGAAAAAAUAUUUCUUCGAAUGACUUAA